UUAGACAAGUGAGGGCCAUAAAAUGGGACACUCUACGGUCUUGUGUCAUAUGGGACCGGGCCAAUAAAUGCCUUCGGGCGGUAUAGAGCUUCGCACGCACAACGCUUGCAUGAGCUAAGCCGGGGCGGAGCUCUUGAGCGGUGAGGCGAGUGCCCAGAGCUGUAUCUUUGGCUUCACACUGUUUCAAUGAACAGUACAAUGGCUGCAUCGUCGAACAGGAUCAUGCUGGGCCCCCUCGUAGGUGCUAUCGACCAAGGCACGAGUUCCACACGUUUUCUUGUUUUCAAUGCAAAAACAGCAGAGCUUCUAAGCCACCAUCAGGUUGAGAUUAACCAGAGUUUUCCUAAAGAAGGGUGGGUGGAGCAGGAUCCAAAAGAGAUUCUUCAGUCAGUGUAUGAGUGCAUGGACAGGACCUGUGAGAAACUGACCCAGCUAAACAUUGACAUCUCCAACAUUAAAGCCAUUGGUGUGACCAAUCAGCGGGAAACCACCCUUGUUUGGGACAAGGAAACUGGUGAACCACUUUACAAUGCUAUAGUUUGGCUUGAUCUCCGGACCCAGUCAACAGUGGAGAGACUCAUCAACAAAACUCCAGGCAGGAACAAAAACCACCUCAAACACAAGACGGGCCUCCCCAUCAGCACUUACUUCAGUGCAGUGAAGUUACGCUGGCUGAUGGAUAAUGUGGAAGAGAUACAUAAAGCUGUGCUGUCCCACCGGGCCAUGUUUGGAACUGUUGAUUCCUGGCUGAUCUGGAGCCUGACAGGGGGAAAGAAGGGAGGUGUACAUUGCACAGAUGUGACCAAUGCCAGCCGUACCAUGCUCUUCAAUAUUCUUACACUGGACUGGGAUCCUGAACUCUGUUCAUAUUUUGAUAUACCAAUGGAAAUUCUGCCAAAAGUGAGAAGUUCUUCAGAGAUCUAUGGUUUAAUGAAAUCUGGUCCUUUAACUGGUGUCCCCAUAUCAGGGUGUCUUGGCGACCAGUCUGCUGCACUAGUUGGACAAAUGUGCUUCAAGGAUGGACAAGCCAAAAAUACUUAUGGCACAGGUUGUUUCCUGCUUAAAAAUGUAGGAACCAAGCCUGUAAUGUCAGACCAUGGCCUUCUGACAACGGUUGCUUAUCAACUAGGGCGUGACAAGCCAGCCUGCUAUGCACUAGAAGGUUCUGUUGCCAUUGCUGGGGCAGUUGUGCGCUGGUUAAAGGAUAACCUUGGAAUCAUCCAGACUUCCACAGAGCUAGAGAAAUUAGCCGCUGACGUUGGCACAUCGUAUGGCUGUUAUUUUGUCCCUGCAUUUUCUGGAUUAUAUGCUCCAUACUGGGAACCAAGUGCUAGAGGAAUCAUCUGUGGUUUGACACAGUUCACCAAUAGGAGUCAUUUGGCUUUUGCAGCACUCGAAGCUGUCUGCUUCCAGACACGGGAGAUUCUGGAUGCGAUGAACCAGGAUAGUGGGAUUCAUCUGUCUCAGCUCCAGGUUGAUGGAGGCAUGACGUCCAACAGGCUACUGAUGCAGCUGCAGGCCGACAUACUGUGUAUCCCUGUCGUAAAGCCAUCCAUGCCAGAGACCACAGCUCUGGGUGCUGCCAUGGCAGCAGGAGCAGCAGAGGGUGUCAGUGUGUGGAGCUUAAACCCAGAAGAUCUCACAGAGGUCACUUCAGAGAAAUUUGAACCUCAAAUCAACCCAGAGGAGAGUGAGCUCCGAUAUGCUCGCUGGAAAAAGGCUGUCCAGAGGGCUAUGAACUGGGAAACCACAGAGCCAGUAAAAAAUGGAGAUGAGGAGAAUAGUAUCUUCAGUAGUGUACCCUUGGGCUUUUACAUUCUGGGUAGCAUGUUUAUGUUAAUUGGAGCAAAGUUCAUUGCAGGGCAAAAAUAGACUUGAAUCCCUCUGCAAUUUGGAAGAUGGGAGACAAAGUCUGAGGAACAAGAGGGCCGGCCCAUGGCAUGCUCUUCAAACUCAAGAUGUAGUGGUCUUGACUAUGCCCCCUUCUGAAGGCAUUCCAACUGAAAUAGAAGCCGGUAAUGCUUAGAGCUGACAUUGUUCCUCAAAAUGAUCCAUGAAGAAAUGUCUGGAUAAGUAGCAGGAAGUUUAUUUUUAUUGACCAUAAUUGGUAUCAUCAUCAAUAUUUAUGUUAUGUUGCUGAAUCUGCAGAGCAUAUACUGUAGUCUACCUGGACUGUUCAACAUAAGAACUCUUCACUUGUUGCAAUGACACUCUUUUUCUUUGUCUGUACAGUAAAUUCUUAUGGAACUUGGUAUUCUUAUCAUUGGUGGCAAGUGCUCUCAUGUAUGCUAAUCACACUGUACUUGUGCGAGCAUGGUGUUAUUUUACAAGCUUAUUAAUAUACUGUUAAUUGUACAAUUUAGGAAUAACUCUUUAAAAAUGCUCAGUAAACGACAGCUUUAGUGCACUUUUAAAUGUGUUCUGCUGUUUUGUGUUUAAACAGCAACAGAAUGGUACAUUCUCAUGUAAAUAAUGUCAUGUUUUUUCCUCUAAAUAUUUCAAUAUUUUGUCAGUUGAAUCACAAGAUUUUGUUGACGAUAUACUUGACAAAAAUACUGCAUAGAAAUUUGAGUCAAGUAACCAAUCUAAUACACUGUGGCCUUGCUGAUAGAAGUUGCACUGCUGCGUAGAUUCAGACACCAACAUUUUUACUUCCAUGACACUUGAGCCGUAAAGGGCAGUUUCUAUAAGUCCAGGAAGAACCACUGACAACACUGAACCAACAAACUGUUUUGUCUUAUUUUUGGUCUAGUCACUCUCUGAAAUUGUGUAUGUAAAUUACUGUGCAGCAAAAGAAACAUUGUUUUUAUUUUUGUGCACUUCAUCAAAUGAAUUCUCACAAGUAUUUCCGUUCAGUAGCAGCAACUGAUUCCUGAUAAAAAAAAAUUGAUUCAAAAGGGAAUAUUUGGAACCUACUUUUCUCAAAUACUUGACACUUGUGUACGUGAAAUCACAUAAGAUGCAAGACAAUGAAGAAUAUAUAAAUAUUUGAUUGGAAAAAAAAAAAAACGCUGAAGGAUAUAUAUAAAAAUUUUUGUGAAAGCUUUUAAAAAUGUGAUUCCCAAUUUAAUAGGGCUAUAAAAUGAUGCACAUGUUUGCAUUAUAAAGAGCCAACCUUUAUUGUGACCAGGACAAUAAUGUAACAAACAAAUAGCCAGUAUUAAACUUUUUAAUUUUUA